AUGGUGAGAUCAAUUCUUCGAAUGCGCACGCUAGGCGCCGCACGACAAUCCCGUGCCUUUAGCUCGUCCCCUCGACAGUACGCCGCCGAGGUCAAGAGUUUGGGUGUCAUUGGAGCCGGUCAGAUGGGACUCGGCAUUGCGCUGGUGGCGGCCCGCCAGGCCAAGGUGCCGGUAUCACUGAUUGACACGUCGGACAGGUCGCUAGACAAGGGUCUCGCCUUUGCAGGUCAGUGGGGAAGAAGAGUUCCUCCAUAUAACAUUUUUUUUUCUUCUUCAUCGCAGUUCCGGAUCCUCGGUCUUGCUGACGAAGUGGCUUUGAGAACAGACAAGCUCCUCGGCAAGGACGUCUCCAAGUCCAGAAUUACGCAGGAUGAGGCGGACGCGGCGCGUGCGCUGUUGAAGCCGAGCACCAAGCUCGAGGACCUGUCGUCGGUGGACUUUGUCAUCGAGGCGGUGCCCGAGAUACCGCAGCUCAAGUACGACAUAUUCAAGCAGCUAGCCCAGAUAUGCUCGGCGCACGCGAUCCUGGCGACCAACACGUCGUCCAUCUCCAUCACCAAGAUUGCGGCGGCGACGACGUCGGAUCCGACGGACACGUCGGCGUCGUCGCGUGUGGUGUCGACGCACUUUAUGAAUCCGGUGCCGGUGCAGAAGGGCGUCGAGAUCAUCAGCGGGCUCCAGACGAGCAGGGAGACGGUCGACACGGCCGUCGAGUUCUGCAAGCGCCUGGGCAAGGUGACGAGCGUGUCGGCCGACUCGCCCGGGUUCCUGGCCAACCGCAUACUGAUGCCCUACAUCAACGAGGCCGUCAUCUGCCUCGAGACGGGCGUCGGGGACCGCGACUCGAUCGACGCCAUCAUGAAGAACGGCACAAACGUCCCCAUGGGUCCCCUCCAGCUAGCUGACUUCAUCGGCAUCGACACGUGCCUGGCCAUCAUGAAGGUCCUUCACGAGGAGAUGGGAGACUCCAAGUACCGUCCCAGCGUGCUCAUGACCAAGAUGGUCGACGCUGGCUGGCUUGGCAAGAAGAGCGGUAAAGGUUUCUACGAGUAUCAGUAG